AUGUUACCUAUAGCUGAAAUGGAAGAGGGCGCUAGGAGGCUUCUAUCGGCGAACGCAAACCGCCAUAGAAAAACCCGAGAUCGCGUGGUAACGGCUGAAAUUCGAGCUAUUCGACGACGGCGUGGCUGGACUGUAGUAGGUUCUGAAACUAGGUGUCACUCGUCCCAGCCACUUUGGCAUCUUGCCCGCACGGAUAUAGCCGGGGACAUUGCUCGUAUCGCAUAUUUUCGGGAAGCCGUGUCACGUGCAUGCGAUAAGCAAUAA